CGCCCUUUCGCGCUUGGCGGAAGUUGUCAUCCUAACCGCUUCCUUCUUCCUGCGUCAAAACAUUCCGGUGUGUCUAUGCGGCGGUGGGCUCAAACGGUGCUUUUUGGAUCUUUAUGAGUGAUUAUGGCUGCGAGCGGCAGCACCGGUUCGGCCACCGAGCCUCCGGGACUAGAAACCCAGCGGCGGGAGAUCGAUAACCUGACCCAGAACCAACAACUCCGGGCCGGGGACAGCUGGUAUUUGUUGGACAAGAGAUGGUAUGACCAGUGGAAGGAGUAUGUUGACACCGGAGACCAAAAUUCCUCCUCUUAUCCCGGAAAGAUUGAUAACACUGAGCUAUUCGAGGAUCUGGAUUCCUACCACCUGAAGGAACGGCUGGUGGAGAACGAAGACUUUGUCUUGGUCCCGGCAGAAGCUUGGCACAAACUCUUGUUGUGGUAUGAUAUGAUGGAUGAUCAGCCUGCAUUGGAGAGAAAGGUCAUCGACCUUCCCAGCACUGUUAAAGUGGAGGUCUAUCCUGUAGAGAUCCACCUCUGUCUCUUUAGCAACUUGGAAAAUACAGUGACUGCGCAGUUCAGUCGCACAGACAAAAUAUAUGCCUUACAGCAACACAUACGACAACAGUUUUCCCUGUCUGAGACUUCUGAAUGUCGACUAUGGAUGAGAAACACAGAUACGAGCUCAGAGAGGUUACGCAAUCUCAACAUGACAGUCCUGGACGCCUGUCUCAGCUCUGGCAUGACUGUGAUCAUGGAGAUAAGGAAUGCGGAUGGUACGUGGCCCACGUCCAGACCUCAGAUCAUGCGUAACUCUGCUGAUGAAGACACAUAUCGAGGGCUUCCUGGAGUGUGCGGCCUCACAAACCUGGGCAACACCUGCUUUAUGAAUUCAGCCUUACAGUGUCUAAGUAACACUCCGCCAUUGACCGAGUACUUCCUGAAGAGCCUGUAUCUGGAUGAGCUGAACUUCUCCAACCCACUGGGCAUGAAGGGCGAGAUCGCAGAAGCUUACGCUGAUGUCAUCAAACAGAUGUGGUCAGGACGGCACUUUUCUGUGGUACCUCGCGUGUUUAAGACUAAAGUGGGCCACUUUGCAUCACAGUUCUUGGGUUACCAGCAACACGAUUCUCAGGAGCUUUUGUCUUUCCUGCUGGACGGACUUCAUGAAGACCUCAACCGGGUCAAGAAGAAAGAAUAUAUUGAGCUGAGAGAUGCAGAUGGCAGACCCGACCAGGAAGUGGCUGAGGAGGCCUGGCGCAACCAUCUUCGGCGAAACGAUUCGGUCAUCGUCGACACGUUCCACGGGUUGUUUAAGUCGACGCUAGUUUGCCCGGAGUGCCGCAAGGUCUCUGUGACUUUUGACCCCUUUUGCUACUUGAGUGUGCCGUUACCUGUCAGUAAGGAGAGGGUCAUGGAGGUUUUCUUUGUCUCACUGGAUCCCAUGGCUAAACCGACCCAGUAUCGACUGAUUGUCCCUAAAGCAGGUCGAGUAUUUGAUCUGUGCGCUGCUCUCGCUCAAGCAACCAACAUCCCACCCAACCAGAUGGCUGUCGCUGAUGUUUUUAAUCACCGCUUCUAUAAGAUUUACCGUCCCGAUGAGUCCUUGAGCUGUAUAUUAGACCGGGACGACAUAUUUGUGUAUGAGUUGAGCAGUGGCUCUCUGGAUCAGGACACUGAAGAGGUGUUUCUGGCCAUCUACAUGCGCGAGCGCUCUCACUACAGAGAUUACGGGUCGGGCAGCAACAGCUACGGCACGUCUCUGUUCGGUCACCCGCUGCUGAUGUCUGUACCACGCACGCAAUGCACACGGGAAGAUCUCUAUGAGCUCCUGCUUAAAAGGCUAGCGCGGUAUGUCCGACCACUUGACCCCUCAGAAGAAGUAGAGGAAGAAGAAGAGGAUGAGGACGGUGGAGAUGAGGAAGUAGAGCUGUAUAAAGCACAAACCAAUGGAGUUAGUGAUGAUGAGGGUGAAGAAGACUCUGAGGAGGCGGGGCCAUCCAAAAAAGAGGAAGAAAGCACACCGAUUGAAGAAAACAACAGCGGCCAUUCAGAAGCCAGCCCAAACAGCGAGGGGGACGCGAGAGCUGACGAGGAGUCGUCAAGCAGUGAACAGGACCGGGGCAGCAGUACAGAGGAGGGCCAAUCAGCAUCUGGCAGCACAGACACCAAUUCCCAAGAUGCGACUGACGGGGACCAAGGUGCCGGAGCCGAACAUUCGGGAAGGGAAGCGGAGGAAGAUGAUGAAGAAGAUGGAGAGGGGGCAGCAUCUUGCAUACAGGCAAAUAAGAGACCUCCAGGAAGACGGCGCUACGUGGAGAGGCGGAAGAAAGCCCUCUUUACCAUUCAGACGGUCAACUCGAACGGUACCACAGAGCGAGGAAUGACGGAUACGGGCGGCAGCUUGUCACUGAGCUCUCAAACAUACGUGGCCAUCGACUGGGACCCCGACAUGAAGAAGAAAUACUAUAAUGAGAACGAAGCCGAGAAAUACAUCAAGCAUCAGAGUAUGGACGUCCCUCACCAGCAAAACGUAGUACAGCUACAGGAAUGUAUAGAGCUUUUUACCACGGUAGAGACACUGGAAGAGGAAAACCCCUGGUAUUGCCCAAUGUGUAAGAAACAUCAGCUUGCCACUAAGAAAUUGGAUCUGUGGUCGUUGCCCGAGGUUCUCAUCAUCCAUCUGAAGCGUUUCUCCUACACAAAAUACUCACGAGAGAAACUGGACACCAUUGUGGAUUUUCCUCUGCGGAGUUUGGACUUUUCAGAUUUUCUGCUAAAGAAGACAUCCAACAGUGCUGAACCUCCCUGUACAUACGACCUGAUCUCGGUGUCAAACCACUACGGUGGACUGCGGGACGGUCACUAUACUAGUUAUGCCCGCAACAAGGAUAAUGGUCAGUGGUAUUACUUUGAUGAUAGCAAGGUGACCUAUGCAAGGGAGGAACAAAUUGUGACGAAUGCCGCCUACCUCCUGUUCUACCAGCGCCAAGACAAGAUCCGCCAGCCCACCGUCCCUCCACCCGUACCCUCCUCCACCAAUCCAGUUAACCACAUUACUGCCCAGACCCCGGAAGACGUGGACGGAGCCUCUUCUUGUGUCAGCAUGGAGACGGACUGACAUCUACAUCGUUCUACCUCUCGUCACUUCCGUCGUCACCUUUUAUUCAGCAUCAUCGUGGUCUCUCUGAUUUAUGAGAGAUUUUUGUUUUGUUUAAUCGCAUACAGCAGAAACUUGAACCUCUGCCGUUUCUCCCACAGGAGAUGGGAGCCAGGGGCAACUCUCUCUCAGGCUGGUGCGCAAGCAUCAUGGGGUGGGAAUGCAGGGUUGGUUAAUCGACUUGUAAUGACAAACUCAAGGAAACUGGUUGGGCCGGUGGUGGCGGAUUUAGAGAUCGCACGCCGAUUAGUGCAUUGAUCCAACAAUGCUAAGAAUUUAGUGAACGAGGUUACACUGCAGCUACGUUUGCGGUCAUUUAACUCACAGCUUUUUUGAUGCUCUUAAGCUUGCUUCUCUGAGCCAGCUACGCUGCUGUCUAAAAUGUUUAAUGUAAACGCACAACCGUGGUUUUGUCGCAUCGCUCAGCUGAGUCUGAUUGUUUCGAGCAGCCAUGUUCUGUAUGGUAGCUUUUAGCCGGGUGAGGGUGUUUGCCCUCAUUUCUCAUAUCAGGGACAUUACUGACAGCUGUUGCAAUAUAAUUUCUGCUAUUUCUCUUGUAAAGAGGGGUGAACUUUUGGGAAAGGUGGGCUUUCUAUAUACUCAAAUUAUUUAUUUUCUUAAUUUACAGAUGCUUAUGAGCAAUGAAAGAGCUAUUCUGAUUUUAAAGAGCAGCGUCUACAGAUCUUCCGUUUUUAUUUUCCAAGUUUUCCGCUUUGGUAAACAUCCUCUGUUGCGGGACACAAACGGAGGUCUAUUUUCCAACGACACUUUGCAUUUUUAUCUCGGACGAAAGGACACAACAGGAUUUGAAUAUAACGUUCACUUUGACCGAUCGUGUGCAGUUUAUAAUGAACUCUUUGGAGCAGCGAGAAUAUUUUGGCAAAGUGCUUUCUGGAUAGAGUGCUUCACGUGAUUUUUAAAGCGCUUCUGUACAGUAUUUUUGUAUUGUAAUAAAUGUUGUAUUAUCUUUGAUCAUCUGGAUCAGAUGCUGGGAAUGGGGGAGCUUUCAUUUUAUUUUGUUAAUAAUUAUAGAUUGAAUAUAUGUAAUUGUAUACACAGCUUUUGAUAUAAAUAAACAAUGACUAUAAAAUUAAA